AUGGAGACUCUCCCUUACCCUGCAGGGACCCACUGGCUCGCCGAAAUCAUCAUGCUCCUUCUUCCUUCCAAAGUGGCGAUCACUCCUCCAAUUGAAUUUGGAGAUCUUUCCAAGCUGGAACAAUUGGACCAUCUGUCCUGCCAGAGAAUCAUCCCGACUCACUUGGACUGCAAUAUGUUGCCACCCGCUUUCAAGCUUAAACAAUGCAAGGCUAUCUACAUCCUCAGAAACCCGAAAGACAUUGCCGUUUCCAUGUAUCAUUAUUACAGAGAGAAUCCCAACCUCCCCACCAUAGACAACUGGCCCGAAUUCCUGGAGAUGUUCCUAAAAGGAGACG